AUGUCUUCCACAGGACACCCAUCCUCCCAAUACACUCCUAUCACGUCCCUCCUCAAGAGUCUGCGAAAUACGCAGACACCUACCAGCGCAGAUGACAUUGCCGAGGCCUUCUCCCUAAUCUUCGAAGAUCGACUCUCACCAGCUCAAGCCGCAACAUUCCUGACACUUCUAUCACUGACAUCACGAGACAAGGAUGCCGAUGUUCUCGCAGCAUGUGCCGAUCGCAUGCGCAAAGCCGCCUUUCAUGUGGAUUUACCAGCUCUGAAGAGCAUUGUGGAGACCCGAGGAGUCACAGAAGGAACAUAUCAUGGCGGGCUGUGUGAUAUUGUCGGUACAGGUGGCUCCUCGCUCCAGACAUAUAAUAUCAGCACUACCGCCUCACUCAUUGCCUCUUCUCUACUUUUGAUGUCCAAACAUGGCAAUCGAGCCCAGACCUCUGUCUCUGGCGCAGCAGACAUCCUAUCCUCCAUACUACCAACCCCGCCAAGCCUGACAGCCUCCAACGCCCAGAACAUCCCGCAGAUCUAUGAAAAGUCUUCCUACGCUUUCCUCUUCGCCCCCAACUUCCACCCUGGUAUGCGCUAUGCGGGUCCAUUACGCAAGGAGAUGGGUAUACGCACGAUUUUCAACCUACUCGGCCCGCUGGCCCACCCAAUAGAGGAAUUGGUCGAAGCCCGCUUGAUAGGCGUUACGGAAGGAGCGCUCGGUCCUGUAUUCGCAGAAGCAUUGCGUAUAUCGGGAUUGAAAAAGGCCAAGGGUAUGCGGAAAGCGAUGGUUGUGUCUGGGCGGGAAGGACUGGAUGAAAUCUCUUGCGCAGGGAUGACUGAUUGUUGGAAGGUCAAUGAGCCAUUGGAGUGCUCGGAACAGGCAGAGGUCGAGAUCGAGCACUUCCAAUUAGAGCCGACUGACUUCGGGUUCCCAACUCAUCCUCUGAGUGCAAUCCGAGGGGGAGACGCGCCGAAAGACAAUGCAGACAUAUUGAUGCGGCUACUUGAAGGAAAGCUCGAACACGAAGAUCCAAUAAUGCAAGUCGUCUUAAUGAAUACGGCGGCAAUGCUAGUAGUAAGUGGCAUCUGCGAGGGGGGAGACCAGCCACAUGGGUGA